AUGCGACACUUCGAUGCCUGGUUGCUUCGUGAUCCAUACUCUAUCUGGCACUAUUAUUCAACCGGACGACGAUGGCAGGAGAUAGUCCGUGAUCUCAUCCAGGAACGCAAGAUCUGUGCUCCCCCGGUCGACUUACAAUCUUCGACCCCAUCCAGACCAGUGGACCCUUACGAUCGUCCCGUCAACCCGCAGUCUGGCUCGCCGCUCUUUGGCAAACUGCCUGCAGAGAUCCGCUUGAUCAUCUACCAGUACGUCUUUGGCGACGAGGCCGUCCACCUGGUCCAGCUGAAGGGCAAGAUCCGCCAUGUGCGCUGCCGGCACACCUUCUCCUCCCUCGACAGUCAUCGAGUCUGCUGCCCGAUCACCCCGGCUCGCUGGCGAGCGGGAGCAGCAACCCACGACGGCCAUUCCGACAGCAUGCUCUACCCGCACACCCAUCCCGCCCUCCCCAACACGCUGAGCAACAGCUCGCUCGCCCUUCUGCGCACCUGCCGUGCCGUCUACGCCGAGGCCGCCGACCUCCCCUACGCCACCCCAGUCUUCGACGUUGACGACCUGCACACCUUCGUCGCCUUCUCCCUGACCAUCGACCUGCACCGCCUGCGCGCCAUCCGCCGCCUUACCGUCCAGUGGACGCCCGUCUGGCAGCCCAUGGCCGGCCAGGAGCACAAGGCCUCCAUCUACGCGCACACCCACAACGACCACCUCUGGGCCCUCUUCUGGUCCCGUGUCGCCGCCUGCCGCGGCCUCGAGGAGCUCCAUCUCAGCAUUGACCUCGGCCGCUUCACCAGGGUCACCACCGCCGGCGGGCUACUCGGUGGGCAACGCCUGCGGCUGGACGUAAGGGAGUCAUGGAUUGCGCCGCUGCUGUCUGUGCGGGGCCUGCGCGUGUUCGAGCUGGGCAUCACCGCGCGGUGUGACGCUGACCCUGUCGCGCGGAGUCUCCUGGAGGAGAACCUGCAUCGCGACGCGGUGACGCUGAGAGACCAUCUGCGUGCGGUCAUGUGCUCGGCGCCUGGCGAAGCUGUCCUGGUUCCGGGGGUUGAGCUCUGGAAGCCUUGUUACGUGGAGGACAACUAUGAGCAAGCGCAGCCUGACCGACGGCAUCGAAGCAGGCCUCGUCUGGCUAUUACUGCCAAGUAG